UUUAUCUCUCAUCACCCAUAUUUCAUUUUACCAUAUACUGGUUGUAUCUAUUUGGAUCAGUUCGUGAGAAGAAGGAUCAACGAAUCCAGGAAGCAUAUCAAAAGCUUCAUCUUUUUCACAGAGAAACAGCUGAAUUGGGGAGAAAAUGGAGGAUCAAGUGAGAAGAUACUUGGAGAAGGCGGUGGCGGGCGGAGACGGAGAUGGAGAUGACAAGCUGCCCCCGAAGCUCUUCGAGAGCCUCGUCAUGUCCGGCCUCCGCCUCGACCUUGUCGAGCGCGGCCGCAUCGUCUGCUCCAUGAACGUGCCCCCUCGUUUGCUGAACGCGGGCAACUUCUUGCACGGCGGAGCGACGGCAACGCUGGUGGACGUGGUGGGCUCCGCCGUCAUGUUCACCGUCGGAGCUCCCCUCACGGGUGUCUCCGUGGAGAUCAACGUCUCCUACUUGGACGCUGCUUUUCUCAAUGAGGAAGUGGAGAUUGAGGCGAAGGUUUUGCGUGUUGGGAAGGCUGUUGGUGUCAGCAGCGUAGAGUUCAGAAAGAAGAGUAGUGGGAAAAUCAUUGCUCAGGGGCGUCAUACUAAGUAUCUUGCUGUGCCUAGUAAAAUGUGAGCAGCUUCAUAAUGCGCGGAGCAUGUCCUUUAUUAUCAAUUUCACUUAUUGGAAUUGUAUACUUUUGCCUCUUAUAAUGUAUAUAACGAAAGAUUUCAGAAGCUUAUGCUCCUUAAUAUGGUUCUGGAUUUGGUA